GGAAAGAAACUACAAGUCCCAGAAGCCACUGGGGCCCCACAUCCGUUUCACACCUCGUCUCCUCUGGGCUAAAUCCUGAUGCAAAAAUGGCUGGAAGCAGCACGGGGUCCAGAAAUAAUAUCCCCGAUUAUGAGACGGUGGAUCUGAACACUCGGGCGUUCCACGUGGGCGCUUUUGGGUCUCUUUGGAAGGAGGCGCUGCGCCAGCAAGACGUGUCUCUCCAGCAGGCAGAACCUGCGGCGGACGACGAGGCGGCGGUGAUGGAGGAUUUUCUCUGCACGCCGGAGAUCGCGGCAGAGCUGAAAGCUGUAUGCAGCAUUGCUGCACUGAAGAGCUCUGAUAAAGAAGAUACAGAAGUGAUACCUGAAGAUACCAACUUAAUAACUCUUAAAAUUCGGCAGAAAGCUCUGGAGAGGCGAGAAGAAACCAUCCUUGUUGAUCGUGCAUGUAGACAAGAAACAUUUAUUCAUGAGAUGGAAUCUCAUGCAAUUGGAAAAAGGCCAAAAGAUCCUGAGAACAUGAUUGACGAAGCUGAACUUGUGUUAACUCUCAACAUUUUUUAUCCAGUUAUAUUUCAAAAGCAUAAGCUUCGGAAGCCAUAUCAGACACUGUUGAUCCUAGGGAGCCAAAAACUUACCGAGCUUCGAGAUUGCAUUUCUUGUGUUAGUGACCUUCAGAUUGGUGGGGAGUUCAGCAAUAAUCCUGCUCAGGCCCCAGAAAAUAUCAGCAAGGAUCUCUAUAAGUCUGCCUUCUUUUACUUUGAAGGUGUUUUUUAUAAUGAUAGCAGGAGUCCUGAAUGCAGAGAUUUGAGCAGGACAAUUACUGAGUGGGCAGAAUCUCGUGACCGAGGUUAUGGAACUCUUCGGGCCACUAAAAUGGAAGACUACACCUUUAAUGAUUUGAACAUAAAAAUAGGUUUCCCGUACCUUUAUUGUCAUCAAGGAGAUUGCGAGCACAUUGUUAUUAUCACAGAUAUCAGGCUUAUUCAUCGAGAUGACUGCCUAGACAGAAGCCUCUACCCCUUAUUAACCAAAAAACAUUGGCUAUGGACUAAAAAGUGUUUUGUGUGCAAAAUGUACACAGCCAGGUGGGUAACGAAUGAAGACAGCCUUGCUCCACAAGAGCCCUCAUUCUUUUGUGAUGCCUGUUUUCAAACACUCCAUUAUGAUGCAGAUGGCAACAAGCUGGGAGAGUUCCUUGCUUACCCUUAUGUUGAUCCAGGGAUUUUCAACUGACCUCAAGAAGAAAGAAGAUCAAAUAACAUGGUAUCAUCUGCUUCAGUGUCUGUUGGAACAUGAAUCGUCCAGUAUUGGGAUUAAGCAUUGGACAACUUUUUUAAGUAUUUCUGCUUUAUGUUUACACACACGUAUUCCAUUUUAUUUUUACAUCUUGAUCCUUGCCCUAGAUACAGUUGUUCGUAAUCUUAUUUCAUGUCAGAGGCCAAUGAAAGCUGAAUUCUCUUUGCCGUACACUAGUAUCAAAAUUGAGACAUGUCGGAAAGUCACUUUCAUCUCCCUCAAGCUAUGUCCAUGAUCUGCUUCCAGCAGGCAGAAAAUAUAUAUAUAUAUAAUCCUUUCCUCCAGGAGAAGAAUUACUUGAUGGAGAAAAGACCAAUUAUCAGAAUGGUGUCCCUGCUCCAGUUUGGCAUCUUGGGACAGUGGAUCCUUAUUAUUUAUUUUUGAAGGGCAAGACAACAGGGUUUUUUUGGUUUUUUUUUUUUUUUUUGGAAGGAUAUUGUCAGAUUGUUAGGUUUGUUUUAUUUUUAAUUUGUUGAGUUUUACUAUUUUGUUAAUAAAUGUUCUCUAUAUUUUAUUUAGCAACCAUUUUUUUAGGGGUUGUGACACAGCAUUUCAGGAUCGUAAAAUUGACAGAUGCUUGGAUCUCUCCCAUGUCUUUGCUAAGAGUCUUGGGCUUCUCUCUGUGAGAGAUUAGGCAUUGCUAGUUAGACGAUAUUGCUGUGCUGCCACAAUUAAUACUGCUAUUUCACAUAACGAUACUUCUUUUGAGAAUUCAUGUGUAUCUGAGUUGCUUUGAGUGGCUGAUCUUUCAAAUAUAUUUAUUUAAAUAUAA